AGCCACUCUCACCACGCGCUCAAAUCUCACCAAACUGCCAUCUUCACCGCUGAUUUUAAGGGUCUUUCUACUUCUGUAGGAAAGCAUAUAAACAACGUAUCCCCGCCUCUUCCAGUCUUUUCUUCCAUCGCUCUUCCAUUACUCUCUCGCGAUAGCUUUUGCCCCACCGCACUUGCAAACACUUAACAUACAUCAUAUCUACACCCAAACAACAAGAUCAACAUGGCUGGUAAUAAAGAGGUCAGCUUCUCACCUCGUGAGAUGGAGGUUCUCGCCCUCGCCUGGCAGUGCAUGGAGACGCAGCCCAAGGUCGACAUGCACAAACUGGCUUCCCUGACCGGUUACACCGUCGGCUCCGCCGGCGUAACAUUCGGCAAGAUUAAGACCAAGAUCAAGCUCCUCGGCGAGUCCCUCUCUACAGACGGUCCCACCACCCCCAAGAAAGCCGGAGGUCCGGGUCGUAGCAAGGCUACGUCUACUCCAACUUCUACCCCUAAGAAGCGUGGUCCCCCUACCUCUUCCAGUACACCCGCCAAGCGUGCCCGAAAGGGCGCCCGUCAGCCAACUUCAUCGCCCUCCGAGGAUGUUUCGGCAGCCGAUGACGACGGUGACGAUGACGAAGACUUUGGUGAUCUGAGCGACAAGAAGGUCAAGGUCAAGAAGGAGGAACCGAGCUUCGAGCAAGGUUCUGGUUUCCUUGAUAACGGUAGUGGUGGCGCAAGCUACGGUUUCCUUGAUGGCAUUGAGAAAUUCGGUGGUGGUGUUGGUGGAGGCAGGAGUGCAGCUACUGGAUACAGGAAGUCGGUCGCUUAAGAUGUGGAGCAGGAUGGGGGUGGUUGAAGACCGGAAGGUGGGUGGAGGAGGAAGUCGAAAAGUUCGUGUAGUGCU